AAGUCCCCAAAAUAAGCAGGAAUGGGCAGUGACUAGGCACAGUCUCUACACACCUUUUUCCAUGGAGUAAUUAAGGCCUGCCUCAGAGUGAGAGAACACUCCCUGCCCAGCUGUGCAAGGGAGAGCUGGCAGCACCACCACCACCACCACCAAGCAUGAAGCUCCUGGGGAUUGCCUUCUUUUUCCUAACUGCACUCUGUGUUUGCGUUGUGGGAGAAGAUGGUAUUACAAACAGUACCGUCAGUACAACCGUUCCUGCAUCAAAAUCAAAAUCUGUAACGGAAGCUGUGAACGCACUAACUUCACAAGCAACAACAUUGCAGGCAUCAGUGCUGACAACAACUGCAACCAGAGCUCCAAAUGAAUCCAUCACAAGCAACUCCACGUCUUCUUCACCUAGAACUACGCAACAAAUCACACAAGGUACAACAACACAACCACCAGUAAAAGUGACCACUACAGCAGCAGACAAAAGUGUCAGCACAACAAACGCUACGCAAGAAAGUGGAACACAAUUGGCACAAAAUGGGAGUUUGGAUGCUUCAUCUACUACGGGAGGGUCUUUUUCCUCUACAACCUCUCUACAAAAAACCACUUCUGCUCCUGGAACCUCAGGCCUUCACGUGAGCUCCCCAACAGACUCGACAACUUUUGUCGGUCCUGGAAGCAGUUCUGGAAACAAGAAAGUGCCAGAGAGUGCUAUCCACUAUUCUAGCGUUAUCUUGCCAAUUGUGAUCACCUUGAUAGUCAUUACCCUUUCUGCCUUCUCACUGGUGGCUUUGUACAGAAUGUGCCAGAAGAAAACUCCAGAGAGACCAGAAAACGGCACUGAACAGGCCCAAUCAGAUAAAGAAGGAGUCAAACUUCUUUCUGUGAAGACAGCUUCUUCUGAGACUGGAGAGCACUCAUCUCAGGGGAAGAAUAAAACCCGGCAACUCUUCACACCUCAGCAAUAAAUACAUGUGAAGCACCCUGUUUUAUCACAACACACAAGAACAUCCCACCAAAGUUGCAGUUCCACAGGAAAUGUGGAGCAGCUGAAGCUUUUUACCAGGCAGGACACUUGCGUUAAUGACCAGCUCUUGACUUCUAAAGCUCAAGUGUCUCCUGUCCCUUCUGGAAAGACACUUAAUUUUUUGAUGGCUUAAUAACUGGUAUAUCGUAUGUAUUUAUUAUUUUCAUAUAUAGUAAAAGCAGGAAAAUUUUCAAAAAGGUUGAAGAGAAUGUAAAAAUCAGGUGAUGUUUGCAUAGUAGUUAUUAGAAAUGUUUUCUGCGCAUACAGGAAGGAAUAUGUUAGCAUACUUUGUUGAAAUUAUGGUAGGUAGGGUUCUUUUAAUUGUAUGUAGCAAAAUACAAACAGGGCCUGACCCUUGAAACAGUACUGGGCAAAUUGCCACUAUGAAAAUUAAUUCAGUGAUUUCCAUGAGACUCCUCACUGUAGCACACGUUUGGCUUGCCAUAAACGUUUACAGGAUGGGAUGUCUGGGUGAAAUGUUGAAGUGUGUGCUUUUUUCUGUGAAGGGGGGAAUAUACCUUGCACUGAGGCUCUUUGAAGUUCUGUAAAUUACUGAAUAUGAUCCUUGUAAUGUAGCAGGCAAUAUAGUUUAUUUUCACCUGUUCCUUGGCUAAUUGCAUUACGUGUGCUAUAAAUACGUCUCCUAUAUAGCCUGGGGCGCACAGAGGGAAUCAGCAAGAUAAGCAAUUUUACAGAUGAACCUUCUUCCCUCUGUUCUGAGUCAUGCAUGGGAUUCCUGAGGGCUAUUGAAUAACUUUGGAAGUUUAAAGAGUGUUUCAAGUGCUAAUUACAGACUUUCUUAAUUUGUACAGAGCUGGCAAUUCAAAAAUAUCAAGUAGUGCUUCUACCUGCAUGUAUCCUACUUUUCUAGAACUAUAAAUGUUUGAAAAUUGUAUUACGGUCAGCAUCUGCUCAGUCUCAAUCCACUGACUCUGGUAGCGUGCCAAGAACCUCCAUUGUUUUAUCGGCAAAUGGAAAGAAGACAACUGGUGGUGUAAGUGCAAGGACCAAGAGCCAGGACGAUGAUCUAAGUUUUGAUACCUGUUGAUACGAUGCUUUUGAGGAACUUCUCUCUCUGAUUUCCCUCUCUGAAAUAAUAAAACUUUCCUAGCAGUAUGGUAAGAGAUUGAGCACAUUUGUUAGUUCAUGUUUAUACACAAAGCUGAAAAGCGUUCAUUGCCCUGUGCUUGACUGUUGCUCUUAUUUCCACUUUGAUGGGUCUAAUAAUUCUCUGUCUUAGUGGCACCAAGAGAAGCUUUUGAUGAAGCUCUGUAAAAGAUGAGGAACCAACAAGGGUCCUUCAUGCUGCAGCUGAACUUAUGUGGUUUGUUCAGGUAUUUCUGGAUCACUUGGGUUGCUCAGGAGCAGGGGAGUCUUGGAUGCCUACUUUGGAAAGGUCAGGCCAUCUAAAAUACGCUAAUUGGCCUCUGGAACUAUUGAGAUUCCUGAUUGCUGAAGUUUCCUAUGAAAAAAGCAAUCAUUGUGGAUUUUCAUGUUGAUUUAAAAAAAAAAAGGGUAUUUUGUAGCAUGUUGCAUCGUACUGGAAGGACAAUAGAAAAAAAAAGCAGAGAAAGAUCGUGAAAUAUAUAUAUGUUUCUGCAAAAUUUGUUCAGGAACUACCAUGGUGUGUCAAAAAAAAUUAACUGCCUAUUAAAAGUUAUUCUCUUUA